AUGAUUUAUGUUGGAGGAACCACUAAAAACGUCGAAAACGUAUUUAAUCUGACGGCAGCUUGUCAGUUAUGUAGCAGUAUUGUCGCUAUUUGUGUUUCAGGAUUUAUAUCCACAAGGGAAAAUGUUAGUAAAGUCCAGGUGAUAACAAUGACGUUUUACUUGGUUGGUCAUUUGAUCCAACUAUAUCUUUAUUGUGCAACUGGGAACGAACUUUUAUACGUGUCCAAUAAUUUAACUCAACAAAUCUUUGCCAGUAACUGGUACGAGAUAGAAAAUGUUAAUGUUCAGAAGGAUAUCAUCUUUGUCAUAAAGAAUGCUCAAGUUCCAGCAAAAAUUACAGCUUUUAAAGUUUUCCCUCUCAAUUAUGCGACAUACAUCAAGGUUCUUAGAUUGUCAUUUUCCUUCUAUACUCUUCUUUCAUCGAUGAUUAAUAAAUAAAGAGAAAGCGGCUGAUAUGAAUAAACUCAACAAGGCGUAGAAAUUUCGUAGAGAUUAUUAGAUUGUAAGCACAAACAGUUGUU